AUGGCCGGAAGAUUGAGCCACGUAGCAUCGCAGAUCAUGGGCGCAAACGGCGUCGUUUGCCGCUCUGUCGCUUCCUCUCUCCGCCUCCGCUCUGGCAUGGGCCUCCCUGUUGGCAAACACAUCGUCCCUGACAAACCCUUGCCUGUGAAUGAUGAACUUAUGUGGGACAACGGGACUGCAUAUCCGGAGCCUUGUAUUGACCGUAUUGCCGAUACCGUCGGGAAGUAUGAAGCAUUGGGUUGGUUGUGUGGAGGUUUGAGCUGUUUCGCUAUGCUUGGACUGCUAGCUGUGUGGAAUGACAAAGCCUCUAAGAUACCAUUUGUCAGAUCUAACCUAAUGGAUGAUGCUGGAGGGAUGGAGCGUUAUGAUAUAGAGCGCCAAAAGAAUCAGGUGACGGACGAGAAUGCAAGGCAACUUGGAGAAAGAGAGGACGAGGGAAAUAGUGCAUAUGUUGACCUCCUUGGUGGAGUUGAACCAAUGUUUGACAGGAUAGAAUUGCUUAGGGUAUAUAGUAAAUGCUCUGAGCAAAUUAGUGUCAACUAG